GAAAUGAACGAUGCUAAACCCUUGGCCUUGGGAAACAAAAAGCCUGGACCGAAAGUGAGAGAGUGGACAGCGAAGGUAUGGCUAUUAUUGGGGAUCUGAGAGUCUCGGCUACACUGGCUUCUCACUCUCUCCGGAGCUCUUUGCCGUCUUCAAAGGUAGAAUCCGUUAGCUUUCUGAAUGGAGGGUCUAGCAUUUCUGAAAUUAAACCGAAGUGGCCCAGUAUGGCAUUUGAUAGACGUGAUAUUCGUCAACAUUCCAAGCGAUCUAUUGGAGAUUUUCAAAUGUCGCCAAACUCCAUUAACCAAGAUGCUGAGAGCUUCCUCAUUAAUGCCAUCAAUAUGAGUUUCUUUGAACGAUUCAACUUGGCUUGGAAGAUAUUGUUCCCAUCACCAGCCUCUAGAAGGAGCUCUAAUGCAAAUAUAGCCAAGCAGCGCUUGAAGAUGAUCCUCUUCUCUGACCGAUGUGCAGUUAGUGAUGAGGCUAAACGGAAGAUUGUCAACAACAUUGUGCAUGCUCUAUCAGAUUUUGUGGAGAUAGAAUCGCGUGACAAAGUUCAGCUGAGUGUGUCUACUGAUACUGACCUCGGUACCAUUUACUCUGUCACGGUGCCUGUAAGACGGGUUAAGCCAGAAUAUCAAAUUGGAGAUGAGACUGGAACAAUAACAAAUAUCGAAUACAAAGAUACUGGAGAAAAUUCUGGUUCUGUUGAUGUCAGGUUCGAUUUCUUUGUCCCUGACGAAUGAACCGAAUGAUUCCCAGGUUCAAGAAAGAGAUUGUGGUUGGCAAAUAACAGAAGUUUCUCGUUUAGACGUGUUUCAAUCUCAGUGAGUGAGACUACCUUGUUGUCCUGUAUAUAUAUGAAAAAUUCAUGCUAGCCGAUUAACGAUUUACGUUUCUUCUGCUAA